ACAGUGUGGGCCUACUUUUGGGUGAUGGUGGACGGUUUGGUAGAACAGGAGAUCCAGUCAUCGGUAGUGAAUCUGGAUGAAACUGAAGAACUCCCUAGGGAGUAUUUGGAAGCAAAUUGGACCUUAGAAAAGGUAUUUGAAGAACUUCAAGCUACUGAUAAAAAGAGAGUUUUGGAAGAGAAUCAAGAACAUUAUCAUAUAGUUCAAAAGUUCCUUAUCCUGGGAGACACUGAUGGUUUGAUGAAUGAAUUUAACAAAUGGCUUUCCAAAAGCAGAAACAAUCUACCUGGACAUCUUCUCCGCUUCAUGACUCACAUCAUUUUGUUUUUCCACACUCUGGGACUACAGAUCAAAGAAGAAGUUUCCAUUGAAAUUUUAAAGACAUACAUACAGCUUUUAAUAAAUGAGAAGCAUACAAAUCUCAUAGCAUUUUAUACCUGUCAUUUGCCUCAAGACCUAGCUGUAGCCCAGUAUGCAUUAUUUUUGGAAGGUGUUACAGAAUUUGAGCAGCGCCACCAUUGCCUGGAACUGGCUAAAGAAGCAGAUUUGGAUAUUGCAGCUAUAACAAAGACUGUAGUCGAGAAUAUCCGAAAGAAAGAUAAUGGUGAAUUCAGUCAUCAUGACAUGGCCCCAGCCCUAGAUACCAGCACUACUGAGGAGGACCGUUUAAAAAUUGACGUAAUUGACUGGUUGGUAUUUGACCCAGCACAGAGGGCGGAAGCACUUAAACAAGGCAAUGCAAUAAUGAGAAAAUUCUUGGCAUCAAAAAAGCAUGAAGCUGCAAAAGAAGUACUUGUGAAAAUUCCUCAGGAUUCUAUAGCGGAAAUCUAUAGUCAGUGGGAGGAACAAGGAAUGGAAAGUCCACUUCCCGCCGAAGAUGAUAAUGCUAUCAGAGAACAUUUGUGCAUUAGAGCUUAUUUGGAAGCCAAUGAAACCUUUAACGAGUGGUUUAAGCAUAUGAAUUCAGCUCUACAGAAACCUACUUUGAUACCUCAAGCAACUUUUACUGAGAGAGUGGCUCAUGAACACAAAGAAAAGAAAUAUGAAAUGGAUUAUGUUAUUUGGAAAGGACAUUUGGAUGCCCUGACUGCUGAUGUGAAGGAGAAAAUGUACAAUGUCUUGUUGUUUGUUGAUGGAUGGUGGAUGGUAGAUGUUAGAGAGGAUGCUGAAGAAGACCAUGAAAGGACACACCAAAUAGUUUCAUUGAGAAAGCUUUGUCUGCCGAUGUUGUGUUUUCUGCUUCAUACCAUAUUGCAUAGUACUGGUCAGUAUCCGAAAUGCUUGCAGUUAGCAGAUAUGGUCUCCUCUGAGUGCCACAAACUGUAUCUGGUAUUUUCUAAGGAAGAACUAAGGAAAUUGUUGCAGAAGUUAAGAGAGUCCUCUCUAAUGCUCCUAGACCAGGGACUUGAUCCAUUAGGAUAUGAAAAUCUGUCAUAAUUCAUCCACUCUGCUAAUUUCUAUGAUAAAUGGAGUUUCUUGUAAAAUACACAUAUUUGUAAUUACUGUUUUUUUUUCUUUUGCAUUGUCAUGGGAAAAAUGAAAAUUUACACAUUUACAUUUUAUAUUUUUCAGAAUAUUAUGAUGAUACUUUGAAAAUUUAAUGUAUUAUAUGACUAUUUCCCUGUGUUUAUUAAUAAAAUUAUAUAAAAAUU